AAAGGCAGGCGUUAACGUCGAAGCUCAGUGAGAGUGAGAGAGUGAGAGAGACAGAGAGGGAGAGAAGAAGAAGAAGAAGCCAUGGCCGCGAUCACGAGAACGCACUUGUUUGGCGCUCCGAGUUUUCAUCUGAGAGAAGCUCAAUUGCCUUUUGCAGGUUACAGUGCUAUGCCUACGCGCUUCCGAGAGUCUCAUCGGAACGUGGUUCUCACGCGCAGGGCUGGAAAUGCCGCCGGGAUUCUUCCCAUAAUCAGGGCUCAGACUCCCUCAGUGCCUCAGUAUGUUCCAGAUUCCGAUUUCUAUAAAGUGGAAGCCAUUCUUAGGCCAUGGCGGAUCCCUAAGGUUUCUUCGGCAUUGUUGAAAAUGGGAAUUCGUGGAGUCACUGUGUCUGAUGCUAGGGGCUUUGGUGCUCAGGGUGGUUCAAAAGAGAGGCAAGGAGGCUCUGAAUUUUCUGAAGACAGUUUUAUUCCCAAAGUUAAGAUGGAAAUAGUGGUGAGGAAGGAUCAGGUUGAGGAUGUAAUAGCCAAAAUUAUUGAAGAGGCAAGGACGGGAGAGAUUGGUGAUGGAAAAAUAUUCUUAAUUCCUGUCUCAGAUGUUAUAAGAGUUCGUACAGGCGAGCGUGGAGAACAGGCAGAGAGAAUGGCCGGGGGCCGAAGUGACAUGUCUUCUGGCAUAUAAAAUGGUUGGAAUCAAUAUCAGAAUUUGCCAUUUGCUAUUUGCCCUUUAUAUUCAUAUCAUUUCUAAUCCCGUCCCCAUUAUCAUUUUCUUUUUGUGGGGCUGAUUACAAUGUCUUUACCUUUAGAUGAUUUACAAUUAGCUAUAAAAAAAUGCAUCUGUAGUUGUUGUGACUUAUGUAAUGAUGACAAUUCAAUAAAUGACAAUUUGUUAAGAUAGUAGUGAAAGUCAUUUUG